AUGUGUAAUGUUGAAGUUAUAGUUGAACAACCCCAAUGUGCUUCAGUUUAUGAAGAACCUGCAUUGAUUAAUGAGCAGCCUCCUACUAGAAUCGACAUUGCUCAUCUGAUUAGAGAUCCAAGCAAUCGUCCUCAAAUUUGGGAAUACCCGGUUAAUCAACAAGAUGAAAUUAGAAGGGCAUACAUUAAUUUGGGGUCAUAUCAACCUUUGAUGUCUGAAUAUCCGUUGACUGGUAAAAAACAUCCUCGUCGAUUUCAGUCUCAUUGGUUCAAAAGUUAUCCAUGGCUUGAAUAUUCAGAGAAAAAUACUGCAUUUUGUUUCCCUUGCUAUCUAUUUUCAAGUAAGUCAUCUGGAAAGCCAGGAUCAGACACCUUUACUGUUAAAGGAUUCAAUUGUUGGAAGAAAGUUAAUGAUGGGGAACGAUGUGCUUUUUUAACUCAUAUGGGAAAAGGUCCAAAUUCAGCUCAUAGAUUUGUUACCAGGUGCUUGGAAAAUUUGAAAAAUCAGUCAUGUCAUAUUGAGAAGGUAGUUAAGAGGCAAACUACUCAAGAAAUUCUAAAUAAUCGAUUGCGUAUUAAAGCUUCAAUAGAUAUUGUUCGUUGGCUCACAUUUCAAGCAUGUGCUUUUAGAGGACAUGAUGAACGUCCAGAAUCAAAAAAUCGAGGUAAUUUUCUUGAAAUGUUGGAACUUUUAGCAUCAUAUAAUGAACAAGUAGGUGCUCUUGUUUUGGAUAAUGCUCCACAAAAUGCUAAAUACACCUCGCAUCAAAUUCAAAAGGAAAUUUUGCAUGUCUUUGCUAGAAAUGUUCAGUCUUCAAUUCGUCAUGAGAUUGGUGAUGCAAGAUUUUGCUUAAUUGUUGAUGAAGCUCGAGAUGAAUCCAGAAGACAGCAAAUGGCCCUUGUUAUUAGGUUUGUUGAUAGAAGCGGAUUUAUACGAGAACGAUUUUUGGAUAUAGUUCAUGUCAAAGACACAACUGCUUUAACUCUUAAGAAAGACGAGCACAAUUAA